GGGUGUCUAUGGGGUGUCUGAGUCUCUCUCUCCAAGCCUCUUACCCUCCCCCGUCAGUCCCCCCAGGGGAAAUUGCUGGGGGAGAGGCUGGGCCCUAGUGGGGUGUGUGUCGCUCCCCGCUGCUCCCUCUGGCACAGCCCACCCCCACGCGUGUCUGCCUGCGUGCGUGGGCGAUCCCCCCCCGGCGGCGCUUUGCAGACGCUCCCUGGCUCUGCCAGGGAGGGGGGGGGGCUGGCUUUGCAGCCUGGUUGCUGGGGGUUCGCGUGCAGAUCUGGGGCUGGCUGGCGGGUGGCGCAGGACGGGUUCGGAGCUGGGCUGCCCGCACGGCCCGUCCGUCUCAGCGUCCCUGUGCGGUGCCCAGAGGGCAGCCAGGGGCCCGCCAGGCCGGGGCGCCAGGACGGAAGGAAAAUGACCGAGAGGAAUAACCGGAGGCGGACGAUGAAGAAGGACGAUGAGGCCUACGAGAUCUCCAUCCCCUUUGAGGAGACACCCCACCUAGAGCCCCAGAUCUUCUACAGCCUCAGCCCCCCCCAGAGCAACUUCGAAGAGCUGCCGGAGCCGCCCCCGCCCGCCCUGGCGCUGAUGAGCAGCAUGAAGACCCAGCUGCACAUGGCCCUGGAGCGCAACUCCUGGCUGCAGAAGCGCAUCGAGGACCUGGAGGAGGAGCGGGACUUUCUGCGCUGCCAGCUUGACAAGUUCAUCUCCUCCGCCAAGGUGGACGCUGAGGAUCACUGCCGCAGCAAGCAGCCCCCGCGGCGGGCAGAGGCGGCAGAGAGCCGGCCCGGCGAGGCCACGGACAACGAGAGCCUGGCAUCCUCGCUCAGUGCCGCCUCGGAGCAGGGUGGCUCCGCCGAGCGGAAGAAGCAGAAGCAGAAGGGGGGGGUGAGCCGGCGGCGCUUCGGCAAGCCCAAGGCCCGUGAGCGCCAGCGAGUCAAGGAUGCCGACGGGGUGCUAUGCCGCUACAAGAAGAUCCUCAACACCUUCCAGAAGCUGAAGAGCAUGAGCCGGGCCUUCGAGCACCACCGGGUGGAUCGCAACACGGUGGCGCUGACCACGCCCAUCGCCGAGCUGCUCAUUGUGGCGCCUGAGAAGCUGGCUGAGGUGGGCGAGUUUGACCCGUCCAAGGAGCGGCUGCUGGAGUACUCGCGCCGCUGCUUCCUGGCGCUGGACGACGAGACCCUCAAGAAGGUGCAGGCCCUCAAGAAGAGCAAGCUGCUGCUGCCCAUCACCUACCGCUUCAAGCGGUGAUGGGGCCCCCUGCUGCCCCCCACCCUGGGACCCGUCACCCUGCAAACCGCCCUAUCCCACUGCCACCACCAGUGCUGCCCCCUGGGACGCCCUCAAGCCACCCUAUCCCACGGCUGAUACCAACACUGCCCGCAGGACCCCCUUGGACCACCCUAUCCCACGGCUGAUACCAACACUGCCCGCAGGACCCCCUUGGACCACCCUAUCCCACGGCUGAUACCAACACUGCCUGCCCCCUGAGUUCGUCAUCCUGCCCGCUCCCACAGCUGACGCCAACGCUGCCCCCUGGGAUCCCUGUAAACCACCCUAUCCCACUCUUCCACCAACACUGACC